AUUGAACUAACAAACAAUGGGGUUCCGUUCUUUAUUCAGGCGAAAGCAAAGUACGCGGGCGUGGUAGAGAUAAAAGAGGGCGAGUCUACAGAAAAAUUCGCGCAGUGUUGUACAAAUGAAAAUGUAGCUGUUGGAGGAAAUUCCUGGAUAGUUUGAGUCGGAAUUUCAAUAGAAGCGAAAACCGAAUUGGUUUGUAUUGAAACUGACGGUAGAUCGGCGGGAUUAACGUAAACCGAUACAUAGAAGAUAUUUUACGGCAGUUCCAUCAGCGACCUCUUCAUCCUACUGCAGGAAAUACCGCUCCACAUAAUGCAGGUUUCGUAUUUCAGUAUUUACAGGAUGUUGGAAUUGCCGCUAUGGAUGGAAUGGUGUAUAGUCCGGACUUUAAUCUUAUUGGGUAUUUAUGGGAUAGACGGAUCACUUGUUUGUGUACUGCGAAGCAAUUGCUGAUCCAGUUCAGUUCAAAAAACAGUGUUAAAGUUUCUUUCAAAAAACGUUUUUGCUUCUAUUCUGGUCGGCAAUUCAGUUGAAGAAAAUCUAUACAAAACAAAAAGUUAAGGUCUUCCCUUGGGUCAGAUGUCUGGAUUUACUAAAUUUGCAUAUUUCCCAUGUGAGAGGGAAUAGUAGGAACCGAGAAUAGCGUUGGACAAGAAUAGACUGACUACUUUAACACCUGGAAGUCUUGAUUUUCAAACAGUUUUAUUUUUAUCAGAUCAAACUCAUUAAAUUUAUUGAGUCGUUCAAUAAGGAAAGGUAGUAGAGUAGAAUAUUCAUUUUAUUUCUUCAUAUUAACAUUGCUCUAUACAAGUUUGCCCAAAUUGCAGAAAACUUUGCCAGCGGUAGUUCAUGGAUAGAAGAAAACCAUUUGCGAUUUUGAUUAUUAUUCCUCCUUGUCCAGGUCUUCGUUAGUUCGUAACCGUCUCAAGAUGUCAGUGACCUGGAGAUCGUUUAUUGGAUCACGUCUCAGCAGCGUGCCCACUUGAACUUAUGUAACGCUAGAAAUCAACAAAAUAAGCAGAACAACAAAAAUUGUCAUCAAUGAAAGCUACUCCACUAAGUUGUUGGGUGCAGUUAAAAACUGAUUCUGUUAAGUGUGGCUUGCAUUCAAAUAUUGUUGUCAAGUAAUAGAUGUUUGUACAGAGAGGAAUAAAAAGUGAUAGACGCACUUAUUAUGAAAGAAUAGGCAUAAAAAAACUAUAUAAACAUAUAUAACUAGAUCUAGAAAAACGUAUUCUAGUAUUUACUUAAGUGAUCAGAAAAUUAAUCGUCCAAAUUUUUACACCAGUCCGCAAAGUGUAUUCCAACGUUUGUCUUACUAAUUAGCAUAUAAAAACUUCUCGUCUAGCACUCGUUGCAAAUUAACCAGAAUGAAAUUUAUUAAAACAUUAUCAGUGGGUCUCACAUUGGUUGUCACAAUAUCUCUUUACGCGGAGAUUCCAGAAGUUUUGUUCACAAAACUAUUUUACGUGCUAAGUUAUAAGAAUAAUUUUUCCGCUGGAACGGGAUACAUUUUCAUUAUUUUUUUAUUUUGGAUAAAGUUUUUAAUAAAUAAAAUUUACGAGCCACCAGGGAAAGUGGAAGAAGGAAUAUAAUUAGGAGUUUUAAUGGACACCGUGCAGGAAGAAAACAGCCUCUCCUCUUCACUGAGUCCAAUUGUAGAAAACGAUGCAUUUUCAUUACCUGCAUCUCCACAAUUACCGACCCUGCAGUCAACAGGAUCUCAGGUUUAUCAAUCUUCAACUGCUCCUCAAGUAUCUCAAAUAAUAAACGAUUUUAUGAAUUCUUCAAAUAGAGCAGCACCUGAACAAAUGACAGAUAGCACUAAUAAUUCAAGAAGUAAUUCUCGAAGAGCUUCGGUAAUAAUUCAAGCACUCCGAAGACCAUCACAAGCUGUAGCUCUGUCGGCUGCACAAAUUGUUAUGUCACAAAGGCGAUAUAUAUUGGGGCUUUUCAACGAUUCUUCAGAUUUAUCAAAAAAAGAAGACAUGGAAAACAAAGAACUGCAGAAAUUGAAGCACAACAGGAAAAUUGGGGAAGAUGCUUUGUCAAUAAUCCUAUCUGCACUUUAUGCCAAACUGAUCGUCGUACUUGGUAUAGCAUUUCCCACAUUAGAAGUUAUCACUAACGCGAAAACAUUUUUCUAUCAAGGUUUUUAUUUGUAUUUGUAUAUUGGAAGUAUAUUAUUUGUUGUAUACAUGUACGCUACUCUACUUAAAGAAAAGGCGCUCGUUGAAAUGAUAAACAAUUACAAUCGAGGAAAGUCGGGAGUACUUCAAAAAACGUCACGUGUCGCCCCUAAAUAUGGAAGUUUCUACUUGAGGUUAGGAGCAAUAGCUUUCGGAAUUGGAAGUAUGGUAUAUUCCGGAUUGGAGUUUGGACGAUACUUUGAGCUUAAGAAUAAUCUAGAAUGCAAUUCUAAUAUCCUUCAUGCCAUAACUCCUGUUACUAGAAUGGUACUUACUUUAGUUCAGGUGCAAUUCAUAUUUCUUAAUAGCAAGAAUAUAGAUUUCAAUGAUCACAAAACUAUCGCUAGAUUUGGUAUAAUGCAUAUGAUAGCAACCAAUUUAUCGGAAUGGUUGUACGUGUUGGUAGCUGAGACUAAGCACGAAAUCAUCCAUCUAUCAGAAAAUCGACAUGCAGUAGAAACAGUAGACAAAUUUUGUCAAGAUGGACUAAUAAUGGGAUCAUUAGUUGCGAAUGCCAGUCCAUUUUUGUUUCCAUGUACUAUUGAGUACAGUCUUAUCUGUGCAGUGAUACUUUUUGAAAUGUGGAAGAAGAUCAAAAUGGAACCGAAGCAUAAAAAUGUGGAAAAAGAUAAAAACGUUAGAUUUCAACCUGAACAGAAUAAAGUAAUGACGCAUUUUCAGUUUGAUCAAUUUGGAGGUAAAGUUAUAAAUCCGAAUCACCAUUUUACUAUCGAUUGCUCCAAUGCGCACAAAGGUCUGUUUGCAGGCAUAUUAGUGAUUGUAUUAACCAUCAUUUCACUAAUAAUGUUCUUUGUUCUGACAAAUACCAAACGACAAAACGAAAAAGUUGCUAUAUUCGAGGUUAACGUCGUAGAAUUAUCUUUGUAUGUUGUAACUACUUUGGCUGUUAUCGUGGCAAUGAUAAAGAUGCGACACUUCAAAUACGACCGGAAAAAUGGUCAAGAAGGCAACAGCUCGGGAAUUGGUUUGGACUGCAUUUUGCUGGUGGUGGCUCAAACUGGCAUGUUUAUUUAUUGCGUAUUUUCCGUAAUUGGUUGUUGCUUCACGUACGACGCUAACAACGAAAUCGAAGUCGCAGUCGAGAUCUUUUCAUUCAUACAAACUUGUAUCCAAACAAUUUUCAUUUUGGAUGCGUGGUGGAGAAGAUGCAGAAACAUUGAACAAUUCAAAUGUAAACCUGGAAAAGAAAUUAUAACUUUUCUAAUAGUUGCAAACAUGGCGAUGUGGGCGAUAAAUACUUUGGAAAAGAACAGAGCGGAGUUUAGGCCUAGUCAUUUGGAUUUUUUCGGCGAUUGGGCUUGGACUAUCAUAACGCACAUUUCUAUGCCUUUGGCUAUUUUCUACCGGUUUCAUUCUACUAUAUGUUUAUUCGAAAUUUGGAAAACUGUUUAUAAAAUUAAAACUAAAUAUGAUACGAAUUCGGUACCCCUAAUGUAAUUCAUCUGUCAUUUUUUUGGUGGUUGAGGACUAUGAGAAAAUAAAUGAAUUAUUAUAUAUCUAUAAGAUGAAUCAGAUUGAAAUAUCCUGACGUUAAAAAAUUAUCAAGUAUUUUAUGAUAAGAUAAGAUUAUUGAAUCAGUUAUUUACUUACCAUCCAAUUUCUAAAACAGACAUGACUAGAUCUUUUCUAUUAUUGGGAAGCUUAAGAAACUGAUCUAAUCAUCAUUAUUUGAGGGAUAAGAAGAAGAGCGCUCUGUCUUUGUAUAAUUCAGAUCUGGAUUCAAAAUGAAUUAUUCUAAAAAAAAACUGAAAUUAGAUGAAACUAAGUUGAAUUUCACAAUUAUAAUUAAUUAGUUGAUUUGUAUUAAAUUCAUAUUUUAUUUGUAAGAUACUUAAUGUUUUUGCUAGAAUAAAUUUUAUAAAUGAA